CCUAAUUCUGAAGCCACGUUAUCUAAACCAACAGUUAAAAGAAAAAAAUUUAAAUCAACAAAAUUUUUAGAACCACGCAAGAUAGAAAUUGAUGAAACAUUAAUUGUAGUAUUUGUUUCUUGUGGCUUACCUUUUAAUAUCAUCGAAAAUCCAUUUGUGAUUAAUCUUCUUAAAGUUCUUUGUCCAGAAUAUAAUCCACCAUCACGCCGCUUGUUAGAUACCCAAGUAGCUUGGGUUAAUAUAAAAAUAGAACAAACAAUUAGGUCAACUUCUAAUUUAACGAUUUGCAUUGAUGGUUGGACAAGCCAAAAUAAAACAUCAUUAUGGUGUUUUAUAAUUCUUACUUCUGAUUGUAAAGAGUAUAUUUAUCGAAUUGCUGACUAUUCAAACUAUUCACAUACAGGAGAAUUCUUAGCACAACAA